AUGAAACAAUUAGAGGAACAGAUCGAAAGGUUUAAGGAAGCUCUUUUUGAGGAUUCUGAUGCGGCUGAUUCAGAUUCUUCUAUAGGAGAAUCAUUAACGAAUCGUGGAUUAAAGCGAAAAAAGAAUUCCAAAUCCGUCUAUUACGGGUCUAUGGGCAAUUCGACCGGUACUUCAGUGGACGUCGAUUAUUAUAGUAUUGGAAAUACAAAACGGGGUGUUAUUUCACAUUAUCGACGACGCUCUGAACCAGAAUGGCUGGAUCACGAUAAUCCUUACCACAAUAUCAACAUUAAUGAAACCAUGGCUCCUUUGGCGAACCCACAAAACAUCUUUACCCAUCCUGGCAUUGCAUACAUAUUUGAACAGAAUUAUCUCGACGUUUUAGCUGCCUCAGCACAUGAAAGCAUUUCUUCUGAACAUAAAUAUGCUGCUCAGCUUCAACAAUUAUUUUCAGCUUUAUUAGGCGACGAUCCGUCUCUCACAGAACCACCUCAUGAGGUGUUUGGGAUCACUGUAGAGCAAUGCAACGGCCUUACAGAAACUGUACAGAAAGCUCUUGAGAAAAGUAGAGAGUUCAUUCGGUGUUGGUCAAAUGUACGAAUGGAUUUGCUACGCGCAAUUCGCUUUAAAGAAAAAGUUUUGACUUAUUGCCAAGGAGAAAACUAUGAUGGUAUGAUGAAUCACGAGGACAAGGAUAAGGAUCCUCAAAAAAAUGAAUAA